UCUUGGAGAUAAUGGAGGCAGCAGGAAGCUUAGACCAUUUGAACAUACAGGGAGAUACUGAAGCCCUGAAGAUAAUCGGGAAUGACGAGCCUAUAUUCUAUUCGAACAUCUUAUACAAGAUCAACCAAUAUUCAUUCUCGCAAAAAUAGGGUCAUUGUCAUUACCUCUGCUAGGCUUUACAAUUUUAGGAAAUAGGACUAAGUGGAUGCUUAAGAGGGCUAUUCCGAUCGCUUCUAUUGGGGGUCUUAGUAAAAGUUUGUCCAAGAAGUCCAAUGAGUUUGUGAUCCAUGUCCCUGAGCAGUACGAUUACCGAUAUCAGUCAGAACACAGGGAGGAGAUUAUCCAGAGCUUAAAGAUGGCUUAUAUCUCAUUGAUGAAGACCAACCUGCCUAUCUAUGGUAUUGAUGCAAAGGACUUGAAAAACUUCACUACUACUGAGAAGGACAAGAUCAAGGGAAAGUCUAGAAUCCCUGGAGAGAAGUAUUUGAUGGAAACUGAGGAAGUAAUCGUCAAGGAAGAAAACUCAGAAAAUCCAUCUACAAUUUCUACAAAUGAAUGGGAUACCGAAGACUACCUGAAGACGUCAUUUAGGGCAUCCGCUGUUCUCUCCAGUUUUCAGAUUGACCUUGAGGAUGAAGAGGAGAAGCUCAAGGAUAGUGAGAUUUAUCGGUCAUCCACCCUCUACUCCAAUGCAGGUGCUGAGGAAUGUACUCUAGAGGAUUUCAAGAUCAAGAGAGUUAUUGGUAAAGGCGCAUUUGGAAAGGUCUUCAUGGUGGAGAACAAAAACAAUAGCAAAGUUUAUGCAAUGAAAAGUCUCAGGAAGGAUAUGAUUAUUGACUACCAACAACUGGAAGCUACUAAAUUAGAAGAGCAUAUUCUGAGUAAAUCUCAUCAUCCCUUCAUUGUUCAAAUGCAAUACGUAUUCCAGAACGAAAUCAGGGUGUACUUCCUGAUGGAUUUGAUAUUAGGAGGAGAACUUUUCACUUUAAUUUUAAAUGAAAAACGAUUCAAUGAGGAAAGAACAAGAUUUUAUGCUGCUCAAGUCAUUAUUGCUAUUGGAUACCUCCAUGGAAAGAAAAUAAUCUACAGGGACCUGAAACCAGAAAACAUUCUCAUUUCAGAAGACGGGUAUAUUAAACUGGCAGAUUUCGGUCUAUCAAGAAUCUUAAACCCGGACGAACAAGCGACAACAUUUUGAGGUACUGCAGAAUAUCUAUCUCCUGAGAUGAUCUCAGAGACUGGGCAUGACUUCACAUCUGACUGGUGGGCAGUAGGAAUUCUGAUUUACGAAAUGAUGAUUGGGAUUCCACCAUUCUACCACAAGAACAAGUCUACCAUGUACAAGAUGAUUGCUGAGAAGGAGCCAAGGUUCCCAGACCCAAAGAAGCAUGGAAUAGGUGUGUCUGAUGAUGCAGAAGAUCUUAUUAGAAAAUUACUCAGCAAAGAUCCUAAGACCAGGCUUGGGUCUGAGUUAGGAGCUAAUGAGAUCCUAGAUCACCCAUUCUUUGAUAGUCUUGACAUUGAUGACCUCAUGGAGAAGAAGAUCCAAGCCGAUUAUGUGCCAGAAAUCGACCAAGAAGACAAGUACGAUCUCAAGUUCUUCGAUAAAGAAGUGACAGACCUUGAGGCUAAAGAAUCCUUCAUUGAUGAAGGAGAGAGGGAGGAGAUCCUUAAUAAAAUCUCAGGAUACAAGGACAAAUUCCAAGAAAUAGGAAAAUAAGAGUUUAUUGGAUAAAGUAUAAAU